GUGAGGAAGGUGACUUCUGCCUGCGCUCGUCGGACUGUGCGGCCGGACUGUGCUGCGCCCGUCAUUUCUGGUCCAAGAUCUGCAAGCCGGUGCUGCGGGAAGGGCAGGUGUGUACCCGGCACCGUCGGAAAGGUUCCCACGGGCUGGAAAUCUUCCAGCGCUGCCAGUGCGCCGAGGGGCUGGUGUGCCGCCUCCAGCGAGAGCAGGGACCCGCUGACGCCUCCCGCCUGCACACCUGCCAGCGGCACUGA